AGGGAUGAAAAAGCAACAACAACAGUCUCUCAUUAAUUUUUUUUCGCCGACUGGCGUAAAGACUCUUGCGAAGGCUUCGCCUGUCCCGCAAUCUGUGACUAAAAAACUGAAAACUCCGAUCAUCUCAGGACAUGACAAAUAUGGAAAAAUACGUGUUGAGGAAAUUGGCGAUUCAAGUGAAAAUUUCUCGCAACUAUCCGAACCUUUAAGCGAAGAUGUUAAUUUGGGUAAUACUGAAAAAGAAUCAGAUAUUAAAAAUUCAGAUCUCGGUAAACCCUCCAGAAAUACUGAAAGCGAAUCCCCUGUUAAGAAAACUCCGGUUGCAUCGAAAAAGUACAAAAGGAUAAGAAUUGAGGAUAGUGAUGAAGACGAUGGAUCAGAUAGUUCGCAGCUUGCUGAAACGGAACAGUUAAAUAAGAGCUUGUGUACACCUGUUGCCAAGUCCCGAAAAGUUCAACCACCUUUAGAAUCUGAAAGCCCUUCACAGCUACUAAGCCCUUUCUCGUUUUCAUCAGCAACACCUGUAAAUGCAAAAGAGUCGAACAUCAAUUUCAAUGAAAGUUUCACUUUCCAAAAAACUCCGAAGUCCAAGUCUCUGAAAAAGAUAGAAGUCGCCGAAGAUGCAGAAAAUGAUACGUUUAAACACCUGGGUUUUAAAUUUCUGAAGAUGAGUCAGGUCAAGGACAAACUGAUGCGUCCUGUUGAUCACCCUGAUUAUGACCCGACGACAUUGCAUGUCCCGAAAGACUUCUUGAAUGAUCAAACACCUGGACAUCAGCAAUGGUGGAUGUUCAAGUCUAAUUAUUUUGACACUAUUUUGUUUUUUAAAGUGGGCAAGUUUUAUGAAUUGUACCACAUGGAUGCAGUUACAGCUGUAGAAGAACUGGGGCUAACGUAUAUGCGCGGAGAUUAUGCCCAUUGUGGUUUUCCUGAGAUUGGGUUCGACAAAUUCUCAGAUAUCCUGGUCCAAAAAGGAUACAAAAUAGCCAGAGUAGAACAGACUGAAACGCCAGAUGAAAUGCAGUCACGAAUUUCGAAAAUGUCUAAGAGUGGCAAGAAAGUGAUGAAAUAUGACAAGGUGGUGGCGAGAGAACUUUGUCAAAUUACAACAAAAGCAACUCAGUUGCCAACAUCAGUUAAUAAUCAGGGAACUUCUCAAUCUUGUGCGAACAAUUUUCUCAUGGCAAUUGUUGAAAAAACUGGCGAGUUUAAUACGAGCAGUUAUGGAGUUUGUUUUGUGGACACAAAAAUUGGAACUUUAAAUUUUUCACAAUUUGCAGACGACCGAUUUUCUUCACUUCUGCGUGUUUUCUUUUCUCAUUUAUGCCCAGUCGAAAUAAUACACCCCAAAAGUAAUUUGUCAGCGAAGACUAUGCAGGUCAUAAAAUCUCUUCUUCCUUCGGUGAAACUUUUUGCUUUGAAAAACGAAUCCCAGUUUUAUAGCGGUGUAACUGCACUGAAAAAAGUCCAAGAGAGUUCUUAUUUCGAUAAUGAAAAACAAUGGCCUGAGCUGCUGCAGAAAGCAUCCCAAGACGAACUGCACCAGUGCGAUAAAAUUGACUCGCAAUACGAAUUGGCAGUGAAUGCUUUUGGAGGAAUCCUGUUCAAAUUGAAACAGUUUUUGAUUGACUAUGACAUAAUCACCCUUGGUGAUUUUGUGCUUGUAGAGCCUCCAAUCCCAAGUGAACGCUUGAAUGCUCACAAUUCAUUGAGUAGUUUGAAUACUAGUGCAACCAAUUCUCGGACUUUUGCUCGAGGAGCGAAGAUGAUACUUGAUUCAUCGACCAUUGCGAACUUGGGUAUCGUGGACAAUUUUGGGAAGUCUAAUUUCACUUUGCUGACUACACUUGAUACUUGCAUGACACCAUUUGGUAAAAGGAUGCUCAAACAAGUUUUAUGCUCACCGCCUUGCGACCCUUAUUGUAUAAAAGAGCGCCAAGAAGCUAUAGUUUGGCUGAUGAAUAACCGCAAUGAAUUCGUAGAAAAAGUUCAAAAUGUUCUUCAAAAGUGCCCAGAUCUAGAGCAGCUACUGUGUCGUGUUCAUUCAUUGAGUGUCGAUCGAUGUGCUACAGACCAUCCCGAUUCACGAGCAAACUUUUUUGAAGUAUCGGUAUAUAAAAAACGUAAUGUUCAAGACUUUGUCUUGACGUUGAACACACUUAAAAAAUGUCUAGAAAUUGCCCGAAUUUUCGGAAAGUUGGACUGCGAAUCUGAUUUACUGAAUUAUUUAUUGAGCAGCAAAAGUGAAGGAGGUAAGUUUCCAAGUGGUAUCGACGAGUUCAUUGGAAACUUUGAGUCGUCGUUUGACCAAAAAGAAGCAUGCGAAACAGGUGAGAUACAGCCUAAACCGGGCUUGGCUGAAGCUUAUGACAGAGCAUUAGAGGAACUUGCGAGAAUCAAAAAUGAAAGUGAAAGAUACUUACGUGAACAGAAAAAGAUGUUCAGGUGUGAAAGAAUUCAGUACGCAACUAGCAAAUCUUCUCAGUUUCAACUAGAAGUUCCAGCUGAUGAAGUUUCCAGAGUUCCUGAUGAAUAUCAGUUUGCUUCUAAGCGAAAAGGAUGGGACAGGUUCCAAACAACCGAGACGUUGAGGUUUGUACAACGGUGGACAGCCGCUGAAAGUAAUCGUGACGAGUCUUUGAAAAAUCUAGCUCGACUAGUGUUCAGCGAUUUCUCGAAAGAAUUCGCGAAAUGUUCAAAAGUCGUCCGUUCAAUUGCAACGCUGGAUGUUCUAAUCGCCUUGGCAGAAUUUAGUAGAACGGCAGACCCUGUUAUGUGUCGCCCUCAGGUUUUAGACCAAUGGGAUACAUUUCUGGACAUUAAAAACGGCAAACAUCCGUGCAUGGAAAACGUAAUGAAAGGAGGUUACAUACCCAACGACAUGAAACUCGGAAAAGGUUUCGGUGAUCCAGAAUCGCAAUCAUGUGAUUCGCAAACAAAAGGUUCUUACUUGGUUCUACUGACAGGGCCAAAUAUGGGUGGUAAAUCAACUCUAAUGCGUCAAACUGGUUUGUUGGUGAUUCUGGCGCAACUAGGUUGCUUUGUUCCAGCUGAGAAGAUGUCAUUUACUCCUGUAGACAGAGUUUUCACGCGACUGGGGGCAAUGGAUCGAAUAUUGUGUGGAGAAAGUACCUUUUUUGUUGAAAUGAGCGAAACUUGUGUGGUGCUGAACUAUGCCACUCGACACAGUUUGGUGCUGCUUGAUGAGCUUGGCCGUGGUACGUCAACAUUUGACGGAACCGCCAUUGCUUCGGCUGUUGCACGAAAACUUGCCAAUGAAAUUGGAUGUCGAACUUUGUUCUCAACCCACUAUCAUUUGCUUGUUUCUGAUUUCCGAGACAACCCGAGGGUUUUUCUGGGUCACAUGGCAUGUAUGGAAGAAGACACCGAAGAGGAAGAUGAAGAUGGGGUCACUGAACAGCGCGUGACCUUUUUGUACAAAUUUGUUCAGGGGUCAUGUCCUAAAAGCUAUGGGUUCAAUGCUGCGAGAAUGGCCGGGAUAGAUAGCUCAAUCACGAGGCAGGCCCAGCAAUAUUCGAGCCAGUUGGAAGAUUUGUUCUUAGAGAGGCAAAAGUUUAUUCAUUUUGGAAAACUUUUUGCCAACCUUGAAGUAACCAACUAACUUAACUGAGUUGAGUUUUCUUAAUGACUGAUUUGAGAAAGAGUUAGCAACUCUGAGAUGCGAUUUCUAAUGAUGAGCUUGAAUUUGAAUUGCAAUAAUCGCUGAUUGAUUUGAUUUUGAAUUAAUUUUGUUUGAAUA